AUGUCUGCAAGCCCAGAGAGCAAGCCCCAUUCCCCCGCCGCCGCCGUAUCGGAUCAUGAACCCCAGGUGGACCUGGCCGAGGAGACAGCCAGACCGCCGACUCCUGGCGCCGACGACAACGACGACGGACAAGACGAGGCAGCGGCAUCCGCAACGCCCGCGGCGCAAUCGGCGGCUGGUGAUGACGAUGAUGAAGACGAGGACGACGCAGACGCAGUGGAUUCGGACGAGGAGUCGAUUCUCUCGGAAGUCGACGAGGCACAGUUCGAUGACUUUGACCCUGAGAAUGUUGAUGUCGAGGAUCGCCCACAGCUCGCGAUCGACGAGGAUAAUCUGAAACUGAUCGGUCGGCACAAGCGCAAGAGGACAGAGGAGGAUAGCGAGCGCGUCCAACGGAAGCGGGAAGGGCGCCGGGAGAAGAAGAGUCGCCGGCUACGGGAUAUGGAGGAGGGGGGCGACGAGGGCGAUUCUAAGGCUCGUCGCAGGGAUCGGAAGAAGAGAGAUCCUACGCCUGAGGAUGAGGACUUGCUGGACCCCGCUACACGUCGUCGCAGAGCCCUCGACCGCGCGAUGGACGAGGCAAUGAAGAAGCCCACCAAGAGACGGUUCCGGAAAGCCGAUGGAAUUGACUUGGAGCAAAUGGCCGAUGCUGAGAUCGAAGAUAUGCGCAAACGCAUGACACAUGCCGCCCAACUGGACGCGAUCAACCGCCGCGAAGGCCGUCCUGCCAUGCACAAGCUGAAGAUGCUCCCAGAGGUCGUCUCACUACUGAAUCGCAACCAAUACGUGAACAGUCUGGUCGACCCUGAAAUCAAUCUCCUCGAGGCCGUCAAGUUCUUCCUCGAACCGCUCGACGACGGCUCACUGCCGGCUUACAACAUUCAGCGCGAUCUGAUGACCGCAUUGGGCAAGCUCCCUAUCAACAAGGAGGCACUGAUCGCGAGCGGAAUUGGCAAGGUGAUUGUGUUCUACACCAAGAGCAAACGCCCGGAAGCUGGGAUCAAGCGGAUGGCGGAGCGUCUGCUCGCCGAAUGGACGCGACCUAUCCUGCAGCGCAGCGACGACUACUCGAAGCGGGUUUACCAGGAAGCUGAAUAUGACCCUAGGAAAGUCACUGCUCGUACUACAUCUGCUCAAGCGAGUGUUGCAGAGGCUCGCCAGCGGGAACUCCUUCCUCCCCGUCUAGCCAACCGUGCUCGGGCCGAAAUCACCCAUACCAGCUACACCAUUGUUCCUCGCCCGACGAUGGUGCAAGAGAGCAAAUUUGCCCGUCCCCUUGGAGCCAGCGGAGAGGAUCGAUUCCGGAGAAUGCGGGCGCGGCAAAUUGCUGCCGCGAAAGGAUCACGACGCUAG